UUUUUAGAUUUUAUUUCUUCAUUUCAUGAUCAAGCGAAAAUUACCGUCUUCGAUAUUCUUAUUACUGUGGCUGGUCCUCCUGUGGACUCAUAAUGCUUACUCUGAGCAGAUCAAUGAGGUGAUACACACCAAAGUACUGAUUCUGGGAGCAGGGGCUGCGGGGAUCUCCGCGGCCAAGACACUCCAUGCCAUGGGGAUGCGGGAUUUUCUCAUUUUAGACGCCCAGCCAUUUAUCGGAGGCAGGGUACAACAUACAACUUUUGGAGACCAUCAGAUAGAGUUAGGUGCCAACUGGAUCUACGGCAAAGGUACCAAUCCUAUUUAUCAUCUAGCCUCCAAGCAUGGGUUGAAAACGGCGCCCAAUAAUAAAGAAAAUUUGGCGUAUUUUGAUGACAACGGAGAAAUUCCUGAUACCCAAGGUCAAGCGAUUUAUCACACUUUUGAAAAAAUGAUGGAGAAUUUAGUUGAUUACGCAGAUCAACGUAUGAAACGUCAUCAAGUGGAUCUUUCAAGUCGAUCCGCUUUGAAACUGCUGGGAUGGCAUCCUGAUACCCCACUCAAAGCCGCUGUGGAAUAUUUUGCCGUGGAUUGGGAGUUGGCCGAACCUGCCGAAGUGUCUUCACUGGAUUACGCUACAGGAACCGUCGACAUGGUGACCGGCAGUUUUCCCAGUGGCAACGAAUUUGUCGUCGAUGAACGAGGAUUCAAUCAUAUUUUGAAAGAAGAAGCCAAGUGGUUCCUUCAAGACGAUGACUCACGACUCUUGCUCAACACACUUGUCAAAGAUAUCUUUUAUGGCGAUGACAACGUUACAGUGAUCACUGACAACGGCCAGAUACUGACGGCCGAUUACGCCAUUUGCACCUUUUCACUAGGAGUGCUGCAAAGUGAUAACGUUAACUUUAUGCCGCCAUUCCCAGAUUGGAAACGAGAAGCUUUGCUGAGUUUCCAUAUGGCCACUUACACCAAGAUCUUCUUAAAGUUUGACAGAAAAUUUUGGGGUGACUGGCAGUUUGCAAUGUAUGCCAAUAAUGACACAGUGAAUGGCGGGUAUUAUACCAUAUGGCAAAAUCUCAAUGCCCCAGGGUACCUUAGCAACCUUAAACGCCAACCUAGCAAUAACAUUUUGAUGGUGACAACGACGUAUAAACAAUCAGAACGGAUCGAACGAAUGAACGAUGACCUCGUACAACGUGAAAUCAUGCAGGUGCUUCGUCGCAUGUUUCCAGAGAUAGACCUUCCCGAUCCUACCGCCAUUCUGAUUCCCCGCUGGCACUCCAAUCCUCUUUUUCGCGGUUCUUACUCCAAUUGGCCCAUUGGUGUUCUCGCUGACCAUCAUCAGAAUAUGCGGGCGCCUUUGGCCGGGCCUCACUCACACGAUCGUCCCAGACUCUGGUUCGCCGGAGAAGCCAUGUCGGCCGAGUACUACGGAUUCCUUCACGGUGCAUGGAUUGACGGCGAUAAUACCGCCAAAAGUAUCGUCAAAUGCAUUCAAGGCGCUUGCCCCGCCUAUCAGAUGAAUGAAUAUGUCACUGGCUGCGAACUUCGGCAACAACAUCGUCCCAGACUACGAUAUCAACACUUGUAAUAAAAUCCACCUCCUCCCUUCAUGUUUUUGCAAAAAGAACCAAGAAAAUAAUAAUAAUCGUAUUACGCG